UAAUCACAAAUACAAAAGCAGCUUAGUGAUAUUAUUACUGUGUAGGGGCUGCUUUACUGGGGUCAAUGGUUUCAGAAUUCAGACAGAAAAUGUAUUUUAAUAUGUGAAAUCCUUGUUACUUGAGCUCUUUAGGGAUCUUCGCUUUUAGCAAGAUCUUCUCUAUUUCUCUCAAUAUCAGAUCUCUCCUCCAGUUUCAAAAUAAUUCCGUCGUAGACUAUACGUAGAAUCCCAGUAACCAGAGGCGAGAUUUAGAUCCCCCGCGAAACUUUUCGCUCCGAUUCCGUCGUCCUCCAAUCAAAACCUCUCUGAGUCGAAGAAUUCGUGUUGUGUGAUGGGUUUCCGACCAAUUGCAUUCCUAGUGUUGCUACUCCUCUCCUCCACCGUUUCUGCUCAGGAGUCUGAGGUGCAAAGGCGAGAGUCCGGCGGAUCCUUAGAUCUGGGCCGGCGUAGCAAGAUUAAUUUGAAUCUUCUCGAAGCUCUUGGAGAGAAUGGCUCCGAUUCAGUUGUUAUUGGUCUCAAUGUGGACUCCGGUCUUGGAAUUUUCGAUGCCUUUGUUGCAAGCUUUUCAAUGAUACUCGUUAGUGAGAUUGGAGAUGAAACAUUUAUAAUAGCAGCUCUUAUGGCAAUGCGCCACCCCAAGUCAAUUGUCCUAUCUGGUGCACUCUCUGCCCUGGUCGUAAUGACGAUACUUUCCACCGGACUUGGUAGGAUUGUGCCAAAUUUGAUAUCAAGGAAGCAUACAAAUAGUGCAGCUACAGUUCUUUAUCUAUUUUUCGGGCUGCGGUUGCUUUACAUUGCUUGGAGAUCUGAUCCAAAAGGUUCACAGAAGAAAGAAAUAGAAGAAGUAGAAGAGAAACUUGAGUCUGGACAGGGGAAGACAACUUUCCGCCGUUUCUUUUCUAGAUUUUGUACACCAAUCUUUUUGGAGUCAUUCGUUCUAACAUUUUUAGCUGAGUGGGGAGAUCGUAGCCAAAUAGCGACAAUCGCUCUGGCAACCCACAAAAAUGCAGUAGGAGUUGCUGUAGGUGCAACAUUAGGACAUACCAUCUGCACGUCUGUGGCUGUGGUGGGAGGGAGCAUGUUGGCAUCCAAAAUCUCCCAAAGGACGGUCGCUACCGUCGGAGGCUUGCUCUUCCUGUGCUUCUCUUUGUCCUCCUAUUUUUAUCCUCCUCUAUAAAGUCUGAACCCUAGUGCUAACCUGAUUCUUAAGAGCCCUGAAAUGCUCUCCACAUAUUUUGUUGUGUUAUACAAGAGAUCAUUCUUCUGAUUCGGUUGUAAAACAUUAGCACUUUCUUUACUAGUAUAUAGAGAUUUCAAUCGCAUCCCUCCUCCA